AUGAUAGGUGGAGUGCAAUCAAGACUGAGAAAAUUGGACAUUUAUCGUAAAUUGCCAGCUGAUUUAACAGAGCCAACUACAGCUGGUGCAUUGAUUUCAGUCAUUAGUACUAUAGUGAUAGUUAUCCUAUUUACCACAGAAUUGCAGGCAUACAUUGAAGUGGAUAAUAGCAGUGAAAUGUUUGUUGAUAUUAAUCGUGGUGGUGAAUAAAUUCGGGUAAACUUGGACAUUGAAUUUCAUAAAUUUCCAUGUGAUAUUCUAUCUUUGGAUGUUUAAGAUAUCAUGGGGUCUCACGUUGUUAAUGUUGAAGAAUAAAGAAUGGAAAGGUAAUUUCUGAAGAAGUUCAUUCAAAUCAUGAAGGACACGAUCAUCAUAAUUAACCAUCAAUAGAUUUUGCGCGAUGUCAAAAUCGCUGGGUAUAUUAUUGUAAACAAAGUGCCAGGCAAUUUCCAUGUUUCUGCUCAUGCUUUUGGAGGAAUCUUACAUUAAGUGUUUUAAAGAAGUUAGAUAUCAACAUUGGAUUUAUCACAUACCUAUUAAUCAUAUUCUCAUUUGGUGAAGAAAGAUGAUUUAGUGAAAAUAAAGAAAUAGUUUUAGAAAGGAGUUCUUAAUCCCCUUGAUAACACCAAGAAAAUUGCUUAACCUUAAGGAGGUACUGGAAUGAUGUUUUAAUAUUACAUAUCUGUUGUGCCAACAACCUAUAUCGAUGUAUCAGGAAAUGAAUACUAUGUUCAUCAAUUCACUGCCAAUAGCAACGAAGUCUAAACUGAUCAUCUUCCAGCUGUUUAUUUUAGAUAUGAUCUAUCCCCUGUGACUGUCAAAUUUUUGUAAUAUAGAGAGAGUUUCUUGCACUUUUUAGUCUAGAUUUGUGCCAUUCUCGGAGGAGUAUUCACGAUUGCUAGUAUUAUCGAUGGAAUGAUUCAUAAAUCUGUGGUUGCUCUACUUAAAAAGUAUGAGAUGGGUAAAUUGAGUUGAAAUAAAUAAAUAUCAUAU